AUGGUAUCUUCCCUAAAUGAAACUAAUGCAAUUUCUAAUCAAGUCAUCAAAAUCAAAAUUAAUAAUAUUUUAGACUAUUUCCACAAAUUGUUUGAAUCUGAAGAGCAUAGUGACGAAAUAGCAGCUAAACUUUCGUCAUACAUUACCCAACGAAAACUGGAUCUGGAUAUGGUAAUAAAUUUUAUACAGAACACAACCGACGAUAUUCAUUAUACGACUCUUUUGGGUUUAUUUUAUGAACAUAAACUCAAAGUUGAAAAUAAUCAACAAUUUGCCUUACAAUGUUAUCAAAGAUCAGCAGGUUUUGGCGACGUGUACGCUCAGUACUUACUAGGCCAAUGUUGCUUUUACGGAAUUGGAGUAGCCAAAAAUCUUCACAUGACCUAUUAUUGGUACCAUCAAGCUGCGAAAAGUAAUAAUUCGGCAGCACAAUUCGAAUUAGGAAAUCUGUAUUUCGAUGCGAGGGAUUACAUGAAAGCGUUUCAUUUGUUUCAACAGUCGGCUAUUAAUGGAUUUUAUAAAAGCUACUCUAUGCUUGGUUUGCUCUAUAGAUUUGGUGGUGGAACAGCGAAGGACGAAUUUAAAGAAUUUAAGUGUUACUUAAAAUCUGCAAAUUAUGGAAAUACUAUCGAUCAAAUAAAUCUUGCUAUUUGCUAUAAAGAUGUCAUUGGUACUCGAAAAUCUUAUCACGAAGCAUUGAAAUGGUGUAAAAUAGCUUAUAAGGCUGGAAGAGAAGAAGAAAAACGAGAAAUUACCAGACUUUUAAGAAAAUUAUUUGAAUCUUACUUUUAUUUCUAA